ACCACGCUGCCUUUACACUCAGAUCGCUCCAUGUCAUUCCUUCACAUGGGUGUCUGUUUCCCAUCUGUGGGCUCAUGGCCCCACCUCUGUGAGUCUUUGUGCUGCAACCCACCUGCCUUGAGCUCUGCCUGGUUUUCUCUCUGCAGAGCCCUCCAUGGCUGAGAUUGUGAUGAAGAAGGGGCUCCCCCUGGCUGGCCGGACCCUGGGAGAGAUCCCCGUGUCCCCUCUUCACUUUGCAUCAGCAUCAAGAGGCCUCCAGAGGAACCUGGACAGUGUCAGGAGGGGAGUCAAGACUUGCAGCCCGGACUGGACCAUUGCGCCUGCUGUUGUCUCCAAAUCCUUUGUCAGUCCCAGACCUGCUUGCCCAAAGCGUCGGUCUCCUGUGCUGGGGCAAGGGGCUGGCUCUCUGCUCUGGACAUCACAGCUGGACCGUUACCUGCCCCUCUCUCUUGUCUGCUCCAUGGGCCCCUGGCGCUGGUACCAUCAGAACUCUCCUGCAGUGCACAGGCUGACAGCUGAAGACAUGCAAAAGGCCAGAGAUGCCAAGGUGUCUCCUGCCCAGCCCUACAGACAUAUGCUCAGUGACAAAUCCUGUGAGCGGAAGGUCCCCACGACUCGGCUCGGCAGGCUGGCUAACUUUGGGGGCUUAGCUGUGAGUGUUGGGAUCGGGAUCCUGGUGGAAGCUGCUAAGAAAUCCUUGUGGGCAGAAAGGGCUGUGAAAGGCGAUCUGUCACCCUCGAGCACACGUGCUCUCCUGUCUGAGGCCAAUGCAGAGCGGAUUGUCCGGACCCUGUGCAAGGUGCGGGGUGCGGCUCUGAAACUCGGCCAGAUGCUGAGCAUCCAAGAUGAUGCCCUCAUUAACCCUGCGCUCCAGAAGAUCUUUGAGAGGGUCAGACACAGCGCUGACUUCAUGCCCACUAAGCAAAUGAUGGGUGUGCUGAACAGUGAGCUGGGCCCAGACUGGCACAGGCGACUGGCCUGGUUCGAGGAGCGCCCUUUCGCUGCUGCUUCCAUUGGACAGGUGCAUCUAGCACAGCUGCUGGAUGGGCGCAAUGUGGCCAUGAAGAUCCAGUACCCAGGCAUUGCCCAGAGCAUCGACAGUGAUGUCCGGAACCUCGUCUCCCUGCUGAGUCUGAGCAAAGCGCUGCCUGAAGGCCUUUUCCCUGAACAUGCCAUUGAGGUGAUGAGCCGUGAGCUGGCCCUGGAGUGCGACUACAAGCGGGAGGCUGCCUGUGCCACGAGGUUUCAGCAGCUGUUGCAGGAUGACCCAGUGUUCUACGUGCCGUCGGUGAUUGGUGAGCUGAGCACCCAGCAGGUGCUGACUAUGGAGUUGGUGCCUGGCUUCCCCCUCGACCAGGCCCAGGGGCUGGACCAGGAGACACGCAACCGGAUCUGCUUCAGUAUCCUGGACCUGUGCGUGCGGGAGCUCUUCCACUUCCGCUACAUGCAGACCGACCCCAACUGGUCCAACUUCUUCUAUGAUCCACACAGCGGCAAGGUGGCGCUGCUGGAUUUCGGAGCCACUCGCAGCUUUGACAAGACCUUUACAGAUCAGUACAUUGAGAUCAUUCAGGCUGCGGCUGAAGGUGACCGGGCUGGGGUGCUGCAGGGAUCCAUUGCACUUCGGUUUCUCACUGGCUAUGAGACUCAGGCGAUGAAGGAUGCCCACGUAGACGCUGUGAUGAUCCUGGGCGAGGCCUUUGCUGCUGAUGGCCCCUUUGACUUUGGGGCCCAGAGCACAACACAACGCAUCCAUGCUCUCCUGCCCAUCAUGAUGCAACACCGUCUGACGCCGCCCCCAGAGGAGACCUACUCCCUGCACCGCAAGAUGGCCGGCUCCUUCCUCAUCUGUGCCCGGCUUGGUGCCCGCAUCCACUGCCGGCCCAUCUUCCGCCAGGCCUAUGCCCGCUACUGGGGCCGGGAGGGCUGAGACUGCUGAGUGUGGGGAGUGUCCUGGUAGGGUGGGGGCCCAGCAAACAUGUCAGGGUGUGGCCUCCACAGGGGGAUCCUGAGGAAAUAGGGUACCAUCGUGGAGAGCGCAUGGGAGCCCCUGCACCAUUGAAUGAUUAGCGUUUCAAGGGACCUUUCUGGGCAGGACUCAAGGGAUUUUUGAGGGUGACUUCAUGGAAUGAUGGGAAUUUUGAGGGCGCCCUCAGGACUGUGACAGCUUCAGGGGGGCUCUCAUGGAUUAGAGGAUUCAAAGGGGCCCUCAUAGAAGGGUGGGAGUUUCAAGGGACCCCUAAGGUAGGUCACAGGUGAGUUUCAAAGGAAUCUUCAUGGGAUGAGAGGAGAUCCAAGGGACUCUUAUCAAGGUGUUUCAAGUGAGUUUUGAGGGAGUCCUUAUAGCAUUAUGAGAUUUUUGAAGAAACCCUUAAGAAAGAGAACCUCAAACAGAAGGAACUGGGGGGAGUGAUUGGGUGAUGGUUAUGGACUUGAGGAAAGCUGAGUGGUUCCCUCUUCCUACACUGCUCCUGUCGAUGAAUUCUACACAGGGGAGCCCAGGGGCUGUCCCCUCCUUUAGAUUCCUCUGCCCCCCCUACAUCUCUGCACCCAGCUGGGGUCCCCACCCAGAAACUGAACCAGGGCCUGCAACUCCAGAGAAUCCUCCACUUCCUGCUGCAUCAGAGGAGCGAAGGAGUCAAUGUCAAAACCCUCCCAUAGCAGGGGAGCGACCCCGUCUGUCUCCCAAUCUGCCCAGCCAAUGUAGCCCAUGUGAACUGGUGUGUGUGCUUGUCUUCCCAGAGGGGCAGCACCACGCAUGACAGCCCAUGCACACGUCACCCAGGUCCUGAGCCAGACGUUGUAACCCAUACACUUUACUGUGUGGAUAUCGUCCUCCAGGGGCUGUUGGUGCAUGUGUGCAGCCCAUGCACAUUGCUGUGUGGAAUAGCUCCCCCUACGGACAGAGUUGGGCACUGCAGCCCUUCUGCAUUGCUGCGUGUAUGUCUCCCCCUAUGUGUAACUCUAAGUAAUGUAGCACAGGUGAAUUGCAGUCUGGGCGUCUUCCCAAAGAGUCAGCUCUGAGGACUGUAAUCCAAAUGCAACAACCAACAUACCCCCAAUAAAAGGAAUGAAAU